GCUACUGGAAAACAAAGCAACACACAAGAGAAUGGUACUGCGGAUAAUGCAAACCACCAACAAAAAAACCAAGAGAAAGAUAGACCCCCUAUCGUGUCCAGAUCACAGAGGGCUGGUUUACAAUUUCCGGUUGGUCGUAUUCAUAGAUACCUGAAAAAACGAACUCUGAAUAACGCGCGUGUUGGAGCUAAGGCCGCCGUUUAUUCGGCAGCUAUUCUAGAAUACCUUACAGCCGAAGUCCUCGAAUUAGCGGGAAAUGCGUCUAAAGAUCUAAAAGUUAAACGUAUCACCCCACGUCACUUACAAUUGGCCAUUCGCGGUGAUGAAGAGCUAGACACGCUAAUUCGUGCCACAAUCGCUGGUGGUGGUGUUUUGCCGGUAAAAUUCAUUAUUCUUGCUAACUACACUCGACGUGAUCACAAUAAAUAA